CACUCACAAGUUAUCCUAACUCAGCAAGUCCUAAACUUACUAGUCGAAUUCGCUAUACAUUAUUCUGGCCGUGUCCGACCUCGGUUUGAGCCAUGGCCGCCGCAGCCGAAAUCGUCGACUUCUCGCCACAUCAUCCAGAUCCCUCUCCGCCUGUUCCAACCGCUUCGAAUCUCAUUCUCAUUGAUAACUAUGAUUCGUUCGUGUGGAAUGUCUACCAGUAUCUCGUGCUAGAAGGUGCCACGGUCACCGUCUUUCGAAAUGACCAGAUCACCCUUGACGAGCUCAUCGCCAAAAACCCGACUCAGCUAGUCGUGAGUCCUGGCCCAGGUCAUCCUGUCACCGACUCUGGAAUCAGCCGGGAUGCCAUCAGGCAUUUCGCCGGGAAAAUUCCCAUUUUUGGUGUAUGCAUGGGCCAACAGUGCAUAUUUGAUGUCUAUGGGGGCGAGGUGAGCUCUGCUGGUGAAAUUUUACACGGUAAAACCUCGCCAUUGUGCCAUGACUCCAAGGGUGUGUAUGCCGGUAUGGCUCAGGGGCUACCAGUUACCCGUUAUCACUCACUUGCCGGCACCCACGUGACCCUACCAGAAUGUCUCGAGGUUACGUCCUGGAUACCGAGGGAUGAUGGCUCAAAGGGUGUCAUUAUGGGAGUACGCCACAAAGAGCUAGCCAUUGAGGGCGUCCAGUUCCAUCCAGAAAGUAUUCUCUCCGAAGAUGGCCGUAUAAUGAUCAAGAAUUUCUUGCGAUUGCAGGCUGGUACCUGGGCCGAAAACCAGCGUCUGCAAGACUCAGUAGAGGCGAACAAAGUGGCUAAUGAUAUAGAGAAAACAUCACUCAAUACCCCGAAAAAAAAUAACAUUCUUCAGCAAAUAUACGCCCGACGGAGGGAAGCUGUGGCAGCCCAAAAGCAAAUCCCAUCACAACGUUCUCAAGAUCUUGAGGCUGCUUACAACUUAAACGCGGCACCGCCACAGAUCCCAUUUGUUGACCGUCUGCGCCAAAGCCCUUUCGAUGUCUCCCUAAUGGCUGAAAUAAAGCGAGGCUCGCCGUCCAAGGGCAUAUUCGCUUUGGAUAUCGAUGCGCCAACCCAAGCGAAAAAAUAUGCCUUAGCCGGGGCUAGCGUUAUAUCUGUUCUUACCGAACCAGAUUGGUUCAAGGGAAGCAUAGAAGAUUUACGGGCAGUCAGACAAGUACUCAACGCAAUGCCUAAUAGACCGGCCAUUCUGCGAAAGGAGUUCAUCUUUGAGGAGUACCAGAUCUUGGAGGCCCGGUUAGCCGGAGCUGACACGGUGCUUCUCAUCGUUAAGAUGCUAGACGAGGAAUUGCUGACCCGCCUUUAUAAAUAUUCCGUGUCGCUUGGCAUGGAGCCCUUGGUCGAAGUCCAGAACGCAGAGGAAAUGGCAACGGCGGUGAAGCUAGGCUCCAAGGUCAUUGGGGUCAAUAACCGCAAUCUCGAGUCAUUUGAAGUAGAUCUCAGCACGACAAGCCGGCUACGCAGUCUCGUACCUCAAGAAACAAUAAUCUGUGCACUCAGCGGCAUCAACACACACGAGGAUGUCGUCGCCAACCACAAGGACGGAGUGAACGCCAUCCUCGUCGGCGAGGCCAUCAUGCGUGCUCCAGAUGCAUCGCAAUUCAUCGAACAGCUCUGCACCGGAAAGGUCGAGCCGAAGAAAUCAGAAACACAGCCCCUCCUCGUCAAGAUAUGCGGUACCCGCACUCCCGAAGCCGCUCUCACAGCGGCCGAGGCCGGCGCAGACCUCAUCGGCAUGAUCCUAGUCCCGAACCGCAAGCGCACCGUCACCGACGAGGCAGCGCGCGCCAUCUCAGACGCGAUACACGGCUUCUCGCGCCCCGCAACUCCCUCCUCAUCCGCACUUUCCACAACCAAGGCCACAGAUUUCUUCGCCUCCGCGGCGCAAAAGAUCAGCGCGCCGGGCCUCACGCGGCCCUUACUUGUCGGCGUCUUCCUGAACCAGCCGCUCGCCCAAGUCCUCGAGUUAACAGCCCGAUACCGUCUCGACAUUGUGCAGCUGCACGGCAGAGAGCCCCUCGAGUGGACCGGCGCGAUCCCCGUCCCAGUGAUGCGACGUUUCCAGCCCGGCGAGCCCGGCAUCGGCGCGCGCGGCUACCACGCCGUCCCGCUCUUCGACUCCGGGACCGCCGGUGGCUCGGGCCACCUCCUCGACGCCGUGGCCGUCAAGGCCGCGCUCGAGCGUGACCACGAGCUGAGGAUCAUGCUCGCGGGCGGCCUGUCCCCAGAGAACGUCGCCGAAGUCAUACAAGCCUCGGGCCCCGCGGCCGAGCGCAUCGUCGGCGUCGAUGUCAGCAGCGGCGUCGAGGGCCCCGACGGGCUGCAGAGCUUAGACCGGAUACAGGCUUUUGUCAAGGCGGCGAAGGCGGUUAGAUCGUGAGGGUAGUUGAAGUAGCUACAGACAGUACAGAAAAAAAAUAAAAGUGAAGAAAAAAGACACGAAAAGUCGAGGGAAAUCUUUAAUGGGCGGUGUGCAAAAAGACUAGCCAGAUUCAUGAUGACGAUCAUACAGAAUAACUUUUAGAUUUGCGCGUUACUUACCUGACUAGAUAGAGAUAAUACUCUAACUAUUAUCAAUUGAAGGACAGAGUCCAUGUCGUCGUGCAAUCAGAUUUUCAGCGUAUGGUAAGCGUUAUUUGAAAAAGGAGAAAGGAAGCCUGGCUAUAAAGGCCUAUUCAUUAUCAUAUCUCUUGGUCUCAUGUUGACUCCCCUCCUUCAUCCCCCACGCGAUUUCCAGGCGCAUUAGGCCCUAGAUUUACAUCGUCAAAUUUCCAUGAA